GCGAGUCUGCGUAAUCCAGGAACUGGCGAGCCCAGACUGGCCCUUUAAAGGUAUCCGGGGAUGAGUUCAGUGCGUUCCUUUCCUGUAAAACAGAGACAGGCAUGGCUGCUGUUUACAGUUUAGCAACAGCUGAAGCAUGAGAGAGGCAGAGAAGCAACAGAGUGCGAGGAAGGGAGACGGGAAAGAUGAUAGGCGAUAAUGAGGCAAGGGAACGUGAAAGCGAGUCGGUCAGCGGCGCGUCCGGGCUGGGUUAUACAAAACGAAGUUGAGAGCGGAGUUCCCGUGGAGUUUCAGCCUGCGACCCGACAGCGGUACUGCUGAGCACAAUACACACAUCAAUAACAGCAAGGAAGGGUUCGGGGCGCAGGUAAAGUCGUGGGCUUGCAAGUCCUGUAGUUGUGACCCGACCAGGUCUUGUGUCACAUUCCGACGUGCACUCAUGGAACAGUUCUUUAUUUUCUAUUAUUAGCACUACUGCUGUUUGUUAUUUAGGUCGAUUUUAAAGGACAAAGUACUGACUGACAAGGAAACACUGAUCGGCACGAUAUGUGUCUAUUCUCCAAGCCCCAUCCUUAUGCACUGAUAACACUGUGAGUUAGCACGAUUGCUGCGUGGUUGCGUUCUUGCUUGUGUUGUAAAAUUAAUGUUUACAUCCGCACUGAACUGUCUACAGUAGCGGGCGAUUUAUUCUGUGAUUUUUAUAUAGAUACGCAAACACAAAAAAAUAAAAAGUCUUGGUGUCGGAUCGCUAGACCUCGUUUGGAGAGAAGGUUACAGAUCAGUUUGGUACAAACUGAAUUUAGCUACUGGGGCAGGAGGGGUAGUGCGGAGUGGUGUUGAUAGACAGUAUGGGUCCUAGCUUCCAAGUGUUCCUGUUGUACUUGGCAGCCCUUAGCUGGGUCCGUCACCACCGAGUCCAGGCGAUGACCACGGAAGAGAAGGCAAAAACCAGGGACCAGGUUUUGGAAAUGUUUGACCAUGCAUACGGCAGCUAUAUGAAAUAUGCCUACCCUGCUGAUGAGCUGAUGCCCCUGAGCUGCAGAGGGAGGGUCCGGGGCUUGGAGCCCAACCGCGGGGAUGUAGACGACAUUCUGGGGAUGUUUUCCCUCACCCUCAUCGACUCCAUGGACACCUUGGUGCUCCUGAACAGGCUGGAUGAGUUUGAGGAGGCGGUGAAGAAAGUCAUCGCGGACGUCCGGCUCGACCACGACGUGGUGGUGUCUGUCUUCGAGACCAACAUCAGAGUGCUGGGUGGUCUGUUGGGGGCGCACGUGAUGGCCACCAUGCUGCAGCAGAGGCAGGAGCGCAUGCAGUGGUACAAGGACGAGCUGCUCGCCAUGGCGACGGACCUGGGGCACCGACUCCUGCCAGCCUUCAACACCACCAGCGGACUGCCUUACCCCCGGGUGAACCUGCGCUACGGGGUCCUGAACCCACUCUCCCGAACAGGCACAGAGUCGAACACCUGCACGGCCUGCGCAGGGACCAUGAUCCUGGAGUUCGCGGCGCUCAGCCGCCUGUCCGGGGAGCCAGUCUUCGAGGGUCAGGCGCGGAGAGCCCUGGACGUGCUGUGGGAGAAGAGACAGCGAGGCAGCGACCUGGUGGGGACCGUCAUCAACAUCCACAAUGGGGACUGGGUGCGCAGGGACAGUGGGGUGGGGGCUGGGAUCGACUCGUACUACGAGUACCUGAUGAAGGCUUACAUCCUCCUGGGAGACGGCGUGUACCUGGAGAGAUUCAAUACGCACUACACGGCGAUCAUGAAGUACAUCAGCCAGCCCCCCCUGCUGCUGAGCGUUCACAUGCACAACCCCACCGUCAGUGUGCGCGGCUGGAUGGACUCGCUGCUCGCUUUCUUCCCUGGGCUGCAGGUUUUGAGAGGGGAUUUAAAACCAGCAAUCGAAACUCACGAAAUGUUAUACCAGGUCACCAAGCAGCACAAGUUUCUACCCGAGGCAUUCACAACGGAGUUCAGAGUGCACUGGGGCCAGCAUCCCCUGCGGCCAGAGUUUGCAGAGAGCACCUACUUUCUUUACAAGGCUACAGGAGACGCGUACUACCUGCAGGUGGGCAGGUCCAUCGUGGACAGUCUGGACCGGCACGCCCGAGUCCCGUGUGGUUUUGCAGCGGUGCAGGACGUGCGGACAGGCAGACACGAGGACAGGAUGGACUCGUUCUUCCUGGCGGAGAUGUUUAAGUACCUGUACCUGCUGUUCUCAGAGAAGGAGCAGCUUCUCUUCGAUAUCGACGACUACAUCUUCACUACAGAGGCCCACCUGCUGCCUGUCGCCCUGUCCGCCGUGCAUCCGGCCUGCCAGGGCAACGCCAGCGCUGUUCACCCAACCUCUGAAGAGGACCUUUUCGCUCACUCCUGUCCCAGCACGCAGACCUUAUUCCCCAACAACCCCGCCUUCGCAAAAACCAUCCGGGACCGCUACAAAUACCUGCUGGGGGCCGGGGGAGUGUACCACUCCACACCACUCAGGGAGAUUGAGCUGCCGCUGCACGACACUGGCAUGGAGCCUGUCGAGUUCCUGAAGAGCAUGGGCAUCUCUCUGAGUCCCGGGGGGGCUCCUGGGGGGCAGCCGGACUCCCCCUCUCAGAAGGGGGUUUACAGACUCAAGCUGAUCGCUGAGCUCACCCACUCUCCUGAAGAAGAGGUGAUCGAACCACUGGCUGUGCAGAUCAUCUCACCCCCCUUCCUGGGGAGAGUGGUACUGACGGCCGGGCCCGCCAAGUUUGGAAUGGACCUCACCAAGAACGAGCACGGGGUGAAAGGCAGCGUGGUGAAGAGCUCCCCCUACACGGCGUGCAGUGCCAUCACCAAUGCGGAGGAGCUGCGGGGGAGGAUUGCGCUGGCUGUGCGCGGGGAGUGCAUGUUCGCAAGCAAGGCGCGCAGGCUGCAGGAGGCAGGGGUCGCGGGGGUCAUCUUCAUCGAUCAGGGCACGGACAGCAGCAGCGAGGGGACCCCUCUGUUUCAGAUGGUGGGGGACGGGGGCAGCACCUCGGAGAUCAGCGCCCCGCUAGUGUUCCUCUUCAGUAAAGAGGGGCAGGUCCUGCUGGAUGCGCUGGAGGAGCACAGCAGUGUGGAAGUGCUGCUCCUGCCCAGGAAUAAGCAGUUCGGACAAGACGUCAAGAAGAAAGACAGACCGCUGGUGAUGAACGUCAACGUCCGCCUGGCUGACGAGCGGGAUCACCAGGCUGACUCGAGCAGGCAGCUAGGGGAAAGGAUUGCCACGGUGGAGCUGGUCCUGGAGCCGGAGGGGCAAGGACUCGACUCCUCUUCAUCUGCGUCUGAUCCCAGUACGGGAGUCCAGGCAGAACCCAGUGACUCACAGCAGCCCUGCGCACAGCCAGCGCCUUGAAGAGUCCUUCUCCUCACCUGCAGCAUAGUGGAGACACAGAGUCCGGGACUGCACAGUCUAGACCCUCACAGGGAAACGGUUUAUAGGGUCUGUACAGAAUGGGGGUGAGGGGGGGGACACUAAUGGGCAUUAAAGGUUCACAUGAUUUUGCAUAUAUGUGUAUAUUUAUGUCUUAAUAAAGAAAUGAAAAGAAAGGAGAUGUACACAGUUCUCCCCGCUGUUGCAGCAGUAUGCACCAGUGCUUUGUGACCCGCUACGCUGCAGCUUGGUGUGUUUGCAAGCCAGUCGCUCAAAAGCCUGCAGCUGCAGCGUACUGCACUUCAGGGAAACCCCAGUCCUGGAGAGCCAUUCUACUCUUACUGAUAUAAUAAGUGAUUUGGGUGCUGGUCAAACAGGGCGUUUGUAUACUGUACUUCAACUUUGACUUCAUCUUGGGCAUCACUAGGUUUGACAUGUUUACGAAUCACAGCUUAGAAACUUGUAGUAUUCUUGAGCAGACAUGUUUCUGUACAGGAGGGACUGGGGGAGGUGAUCUUGUAAAAGUGCUAAAGUCGUCAUCGUCGUCCUCUUCUUCCUCAUCUUCAGCACUGCUGUGACAGUAGCACAUUGAAACAGUGUACGCUGACAGCGUUGAGAAGUGUUCUUAAAAACAUUUUAAUAAAACGGAUAAUGACUCGA